UUGUCUGCUGGUGCGAUGGCGCUUCUCCGAAGCAUGUGGGGCGUGCUGAGUGCCCUGGGAAGGUCCGGAACUGAGCUGUGUACUGAUUGUGGAAGUCGAAUUCGCCUACCCUUUAGUUUUGUGUAUUUAUCGAAAUGGUUUUCAUCCUCCUUGGCUAGUUAUCCAAAGAAACCAAUGACUUCUUACCUUCGAUUUACUAAAGAGCAGCUACCCAUAUUGAAAGCUCAGGACCCAGAUGCAAAAAAUUCAGAACUAAUUAAAAGAACUGCUGAGCUAUGGAGAGAACUUCCUGAUUCAGAGAAAAAAAUAUAUGAAGAUGCUUACAGGGCAGACUGGCAGGCAUACAAAGAAGAAAUAAACAGAAUUCAAGAACAACUAACUCCUAGUCAGAUAUUACCUUUGGAAAAAGAAAUCAUGCAGAAAUGUUUAAAAAAGAAAGUAUUAAUAAAAAAGAGAGAGUUAACAAUGCUUGGAAAACCAAAAAGACCUCGCUCAGCCUAUAACAUUUUUGUAUCUGAAAGCUUCCAAGAAGCUAAGGAUGGUUCAUCACAGGCAAAAUUGAAGACUGUAAAUGGAAACUGGAAAAAUCUGUCUAGUUCUCAAAAGCAAGUAUAUAUUCAACUUGCUAAAGAUGACAAAAUUCGUUAUGAUAAUGAGAUGAAAUCUUGGGAAGAACAAAUGAUUAAAGUUGGAUGA